CCUCCGUUCACCCCAUCCCUGCUGAAGCCCAGCGUCCUUGCUAUUGGUUCCUUUCUGGCCGUCGGUUGCCGUGGAAACCACGGCGACGACGGCAACCAGGAGAAGCCAAACGUGUUCAUCCCUUUGGAAUCGCGCGGGAGCCCCGGUGUACAAGUGGUGCUCAUGGCGCUCUACGAGCUCUUCUCCCACCCGGCCGAGCGCGGCUACCGUGCGGGGCUCUGCUCCAAGGCCGCGCUGUUCCUGCUGCUGGCCGCCGUGCUCACCUACAUCCCGCCGCUGCUGGUGGCCUUCCGGAGCCACGGGUUCUGGCUGAAGCGCAGCAGCUACGAGGAACAGCCGACCGUGCGCUUCCUGCACCAGGUCCUGCUCGUGGCCCUGCUGCAACCCGAGCAGGGUGGGUUCCUCUCCUGGAGCACGUUCCCCGCCUUCAAUCGGCUACAGGGAGGCCGGCUGCGCGUCCCGCUCGUCUCGACUAGAGAAGAAGACAGGAAUGGAGAUGGGAAGAUGGACAUGUUGCAUUUUAAACUGGAGCUUCCCCUGCAGUCCACAGAGCACGUCCUCGGUGUGCAGCUCAUCCUGACCUUCUCAUACCAGCUGCACAGGAUGUCGACAUUCGUGAUGCAGAGCAUGGCCUUUCUCCAGUCUUCCUGCGUGGUGCCGGGGGCCCAGCUGUACGUGAACGGAGACCUGAGGCUGCAGCAGAGGCAGCCGCUGAGCUACAGCGGCCUGGAUGUCCGAUACAAUGUGUCUGUGAUCAACGGGACCAGCCCUUUUGCCUACGACUACGACCUCACCCGCAUUGUGGCUGCCUACCAGGAAAGGAACGGGCAUCUCGUCUGCGGCUGUGCCACACUGAACACGAGCCAGGCUGUUGAAAGGCACCGAAAGGGUUACUUGGCAACCAGCCUCAUGGACGCCACAGACAGACAUUUCACAAGUGUCACCACCGUCCUGAACAACCCCAACCCCAUCUGGUUGGUGGGCAGGGCCUCGGAAGCUCCCUUUGUGAUUAAUGCUGUCAUCCGAUACCCUGAGGAAGUCAUCUCUUACCAGCCAGGAUUCUGGGAGAUGAUCAAGUUCGCCUGGGUUCAGUACGUCAGCAUCCUGCUCGUCUUCGUCUGGAUGUUUGAAAGAAUCAAAAUAUUCGUGUUUCAGAAUCAAGUGGUGACCACCAUCCCUGUGACAACUAUGUCAAAGGGAGACUUGUAUAAGGAGCACUUAUCCUGAGAAGACAGUUCUGAAUGCUCCGCAGGCCCCCAGCUCCCUCGCUGUUGUCAAGUGAAGAGAGCCGUGGACACCUGAGGGCUUGUGUGGUUUUCCCCUCAGAGACAGCUCUUUUCACUUUUCUACACAAAUUCUGUAUCCGCAAAAGGGCAAAAAUCACUGGGCACUGGUUUGUGGGAAGGUCAGAGGGCUCCCAGAGGCUAUCAUUUGUUGUUUUUGUGUGUUUGCUUGCCUUGCCCUUGAAUCAAGAGAACCUUCCAGUCUGUUCAGGCA